AUGGUUAAAAAAAGAUUAUUUAAUAGUAUAUUUUUUCAGAGAGGGAGAAGGGAAGAAAGUGGUGCAGACGAGAAAGGAGAAUAUAAUAAUAUCGAGACAUUUGAUGAGACAACUGCAGUAUCGAUACCUUCUUUUUCUCGGUCGUGUACAGAAAAAAUUACCAAUGAAGACGACUUGAAAAAGUCAUAUGAUGAAAUUGUAAUAGCAUGGCGAAAUGAUGGAUCAGUGGCUUUAUAUGUACGAAAAGAGGCAAUGAGAAUACGAGUGGUGAAAAAAUGUAAAAGUGGGCGAGAUAAAAUUGUUGAGUUAUUGAAAAAUAUAAUAUGCUGCGGCAACGACUGCCAUUCGGAUCGCGAAUCAACAAUCGCAAACACUGAAUCGACUACUUGGAGAAAUUCAACAAACUUUUCGAUAAUACAAACAGACGAAGAAAAACAACUGCUGCUUGCGUUAUCAUAUUCGUAUUUCUAA